AUGUUUGUCCCAGUCCCUCUUCUCCAGGGAUUCCACAAGAUUCAGCAGCGCCUCACCCGGGAACUUGAGAAGAAAUUCUCCGACCGCCAGGUCAUUAUCAUUGCUUCUCGCCGCAUCCUCCCACGCCCCAAGCGAUCCACCACCGCCCGCACCAGCCAGACCCAGAAGCGCCCACGCUCCCGUACCCUUACCGCUGUCCACGAAGCUAUUCUCUCAGAUAUCGUAUACCCAGUCGAGAUUGUUGGUAAGCGUGUCCGAACAAAGGAGGACGGUAGCAAGCUGUUGAAGGUUGUUCUCCACGAGAAGGAGCGUGGUGGUGUGGACCACCGCCUUGAUGCAUACGGCGAGGUCUACCGAAAAUUGACAGGUCGUGGUGUUGCUUUUGAGUUCCCCCAGAGCGGAUCUUCGGAGUACUAG